AUCAUCGUCAACACAACAUCAAAAUCAAACGUUUUUCUGCAAGUGAUUCGUAAACAUUGAAACUUUUGCCAAUAAAUAUUUUUAAUUUUUACUCUCGUAAUAAAAAAUUUUCCAAUUUAAUAAACUUAAUUAAAAAGUGAAUUUUCAAGAUGGAUUGUGAUGAUAUGAUUAUGUCCGAAGAACCAAAUUUGUCUCGUAAGGAGGGCGGUAAACGUGGACGUAAACCAGGCCGUAAAGCUUCAACUGAAAAAAUCGACAUCAGAGCUAAACUUGAACGAAGCAGACAAAGUGCUAGAGAAUGUCGUGCUAGAAAAAAGUUACGCUAUCAAUAUCUUGAGGAAUUGGUAGCAGAUCGUGAGAAAGCAGUUUUGGCAUUACGCGCUGAACUAGAUAGAUAUAAGUUAUGGAGCGCAGAAUUGAAUGAAGGCCGAUUACCGGACGGAUUCCAAGGACUUCUCGAAGAAAUGGGUGUGCUUAAACAGGAAUGAAUAAAUUAAGCCAUGAUACUUUUAUCAUUACAACUUUUUUGUCCUAUUUUAAUUUCUUAAAUUUAUUUUGUUGUACGGUUAUUUUAUUUUGUUUGCUAUUAAUAAUAUAAUUUAUUUCAAUUUUAUUAUAAUAUUAUAUUAGUUGAUUAUUUUUUAUGAAUUACAUUUUUUUUUUAAAUAUUAUGCAUGCAUAAAAAUGCCAAAUACAAAUACGGGUAAAAUGUUUAAUUAAAAAAAGAAACUAAAUGAUUAUAUUUAUUUAGUUUGUUAUAAGAAAAAUAAAAAUAAUAAUGUUUGUUUUUAGUAUGUAAGUGAGUACCUACAUAAAUGUAAUAAUGAGUACAAAGAAUCUAUUGUAAAGAAUACAUUUAUGUGUAAUGAAGAAAAUGAAAAUGUUAAAAGAUGUAUAUUUUAACAAAACUAAAAACAAGUGUACCUAUAUUUUGUAUGAAAAUGUAAUAAAUAUAUAGUUUUUAACGUGA